AUACAUUUAUGAUGAUGGAAGAUACAGUAUUAUGUUUAGCAUUUAGUCGUGAUUCAGAGCUGAUUGCAGCUGGUUCAAAUGAUGGUCUAGUAAAAAUAUGGCGUAUACAAUAUGGUCAAUGUAUUCGUAGAAUAGAAAAAGCUCAUCAAAAAGGCGUAACUAGUAUACAAUUUACUAGAGAUAAUACAAAUAUUUUAACAGCUAGUUUUGAUCAUUUAAUCAGAACAUAUGCAAUUAAAUCAGGCAAAAUGCUUCGUGAAUUUAUUGGUCAUACUGGAGUUGUCAAUUGUCUGGUAUUCUUACCCGACGGUGAUCAUUUUCUUAGUGGAAGUUCUGAUGGUUCUGUAAAAAUUUGGUCAUAUCGUAGUGGUGAAUGUAUAAAUAGUUUUAAGACUGUUUCUAGUUUACUUGGACGUGAAGUGCCUAUUCACUCUAUUAUCUUGUUUCCACAAGAUCCAGAUCAUUUUCUUGUUGGAAGUCGUUCGAACACUGUUGCUAUAAUGAAUGUUCAAGGUCAAGUUGUACAAAGUUUCACUAAUGGUAAACGUGAAAAUGGAGAUAUUGUUGAUUGUACACUUAGUGGUCGUGGUGAAUGGAUUUACUGUCUAGCUGAAGAUCAAUCAUUGUAUUGUUUCAGUAUUAGAUCUGGCGGAAAAUUAGAACAUACUUUACAUGUUCAUGAUAAAAAUGUCAUUGGUUGUGCUCAUCAUCCACAUCAGAAUUUAUUAGCAACAUAUGCAGAAGAUGGUUUGUUGAAACUUUGGAAACCUUAAUUCAUCUGAGAAAAACAAAAACAGUCUUUGUACAAAAAUUUUUCUAUUUUUCUUAUUUUAUCAAACAAAAAAAUAAUAAUAAUAACUUACUUUAUACACUAUUA